AAUUUCGCAUUUCAUUCAAAAAUGGCGCCGAUUAUGAAUAUGUAGAAACUCGCCAAUUGCUCGAGUAAAAUAAAGUUUACAUGCAUAAAUAGUAAUUGAUUUCUGUCAGUUGACAGUCGAGACACUAGAGAAAAAUGUUUUAAUUAAUAAAGGAAACGUAACAAAAUUAAACUGAAGCCUAUAUUGAUCCGAACCGCCAUUUUGUAUCGAAUUACGCAGCAGUGUUUCAACAGAUACAUAUAUAUACGGUAGUUCUAUAUAAAAGGAUCAUAACAGAGUUGACAAGCCAUACGGAAGAGGAAUUUAAAGUGAAAAGGAGUUUGUUUCGGUUUUUAAAAUGAGUCUCCGACCAAGUGUGCUUUGUAAAGUUCAUUUACGAAAUUCUAAUGGAUUUGUGCAAGAAAUUCGAAGAUUUGAAUUUAGUACCUACUUUACUUUCGAAGAUUUUCAUGUAACGUUGAAAAAUAUGUUUCCUCAAUUGGCAGACAAGAACUUCAAAAUAGCAUGGAUAGAUGAAGACAAAGAUGAAAUUAAUAUGCCAAAUGAUAGGGAAUAUACGUGUGCUUUGAGCUGGUAUUCACUUAAAGAUGAGGGGACUGUGUGGAAAGUGUAUGUGACAUAUUAUGAAGAUAAAGUGCCGCCUGUUCAAAAAAAAGAAGUAUAUCAUGAAGAUAUAAUAUGCGAUGGUUGCAAUGGCGAGGUAAUAGGUCAUCGAUACAAAUGUAUAGAGUGCGUGGAUUAUGAUCUAUGUUCACAAUGCGAAGGAUUAGGUUUACAUGGAGAUCAUUGGAUGUUACGUAUACCAAAGCCAUUGUGCGAUACAUCUCGUCGUGGCCAACAUUUGCCACAUAGCAUAAGGAAAUUUCUCAGAAGAAAUGGUGUACGUUUUAAUAAAAAAGAUUUGCCAAAUGAAUCUCCAAUGACAGAGGUAGAUAAUCAUAAUAUAUUUUCCUGGCUAGAAACUUUGUCACUAUGUUUUAAUAAUUUUAAUAACACGAAGGUGGGAACAAACACUGAAAAUGCAAAAUCUACAGAGGUACCAAAAGGAGAUAAUACAAAUAAUAAGAAAUCUUGUUUACAUACAAGGGAUGAAUUUACAAAAUUUCUAAAUUCCGUUGGCAUAGCUGUUGAUGUUGCAAUGGAUGUUCUAAUGCCACGUAUACCUGAAACUAAUAAAGCCCAAAAAGAAGAAGAAAAAGAAGAAAAAUGUGACAAAAAUACAGCAACAGAACAGAGUAUUCCUAUGGAAUUUCUAGAAAAAGAUACAAAAGUGAUUAACUCCACUAACAAUGAGACAUCUGUGUCCACUGAUACAUCAAUAGCACCUCAAAAUACAGCUUCAGCAAAUAAUGUAUUAACAGAGGAAUGGACAAUAGUAGAUAAAAGUGAGGCCACUGACAAUAAUUCUGCAUCUUCAGUUUCAUCCAGUUUAAAUAAAUUGCCUGAAAAUCAAGUUCCCUCAUCUGAAUCGAUUCCAUCAGUGUCCAAGGAAAAUUCGACACAAGCAAUUUAUCCUCCAUUACCAAAAGAAGAAAAAGUAUACCAUCCAAAUCCUAUGAUUCGCAGUGCUAUUGAAUCUAUGAUAGCAAUGGGAUUUUCAAAUAAUGGAGAUUUGCUGACUCAUUGGUUAGAAACUACAAAUGGAAAUAUUAAUCAAGUUUUAGACAUACUGCAGUCUGCAAAUAGUGAAACUUAAAAAUCAAGUUUCAAAUUUAUAUUGUAUGUAGUAAUUUGUACAUGCUUGAUUUUUGAUGCAGGUAUAAAUAUUGUAGUUUUUUAGAAGUAUAUUUUAUCUGUACUACUUUUAUAUCCAUGUAUUGUGUUAUAUCUAUCCAUAGAGUUAAUUAAUGUAUUUUAUUAUUACAAAUAAUAAACAUUCCUUCUGAUA